CAUCAUGGCGGACGAGUGAUAAAAUUUUUUGUUUCGCUGAAAUAUUUUCACCUGGAAUUACAUUCUGCAGUGGAAGUAAAUACUUGAUUUUACCAGUGCAUGUUCUGGUGAAAACAUAGAAAAUGUCUAAAGAAAAAGAAGAGGCAUCUCCUGAUGUCAAAACGGUAGAAGACGUGCUGAACUUGCCCGGCAACUCACAGCUGAAAUUUGGGCUCUUGAUUGGGUUGAUUGAAGUUGGGCAGGUGGCAGAUAAUGAUGUUGUGGACACUGUUUUGAAUCUGGUCUUCAGCAGUCCACCUUAUUUGGUGGGCGCCCAGUUUGACCUUGAGAAGAACUUCAUCAUCCAGGAGCCAGAGAGCAUCACUCAUAUGGUAGAACUGCUCGAGCACUGCACACCAAAACUACAGGCUGAGAUAUGGAGUGUGUUUAUCGCCAUGGUGAGGAAAAGCAAGAGGAACUCUCAGGCGUGUACGGAGGUGGAACUCAUCAAUUAUGUCCUCAACAGGCUACCGGAGGCUGAUGAUGUGGUUGCAGAUUUGCUAAUUGAUUUGCUGGGAGCGCUAGCAAGCUACAGCAUCACUGUCAAGGAACUCAAGGUUCUCUUUACUCACUUGAAGGCAAGGAAUGGAAAAUGGGCGAGACAUUCUGUGAAGUUGUUGUCUGUCCUGCGUCAGAUGCCCCAAAGACAUGGGCCGGAUGAGUUCUUUAGCUUCCCGGGCAAAAAGGGAUCGGCCAUUGCCUUGCCGCCUAUUCGCCAGAUGCCAUAUCAGAAUGGGUGGACAUUCUCCACAUGGUUCCGGUUAGAUCCGGUCACAGGGGUGUCAAUAGAGAGGGAAAAGCCAUAUCUUUAUUGUUUCCGCACGGGUAAGGGUAUCGGAUACUCAGGUCAUUUCUUGGGCAAUGCCCUUGUCAUCACUGCCAUGAAGAUCAAGGGGAAAGGCUUCCAGCACUGUGUCAAAUUUGACUUCUUGCCAAGGAAGUGGUACAUGGUGUCAAUAGUACAUAUCUACAACAGAUGGAGCAAGAGUGAACUUCGGUGUUACGUUGAUGGUGCUCUGGUCUCACAGACGGACAUGUCCUGGUUUGUCAACAGUAGCGAUCCUUUUGACAAGUGUUUCAUCGGUGCAUCGUCUGAAAAUGAGGUGGAUAGUAUGUUCUGUGGUCAGAUGUCGACGCUGUACAUGUUCAGUGAGGCGCUCACCCCUCAGCAGGUUCAGGCCGUACACCAGCUUGGCCCUGGUUAUAAGAAUCAGUUCCGCUUUGAAAACGAGUGCAAUAACGUCGUUGCUGAGCCCUACCGCCGUGUGUUGUAUGAAGCCAAGCUCACUCACAGCAUGGUGUUCAUGUAUAACCCUAUCGCCUGUGACAGCCAGCUCUGCCUGGAGUCCUCUCCGAAAGGAAAUCCAUCGUUCUUUGUCCACUCUCCGCAUGCUCUCAUGCUGCAGGACGUCAAAGCUGUGAUCACACAUUCCAUACACAGUACCCUCCACUCUCUCGGUGGUAUCCAGGUCUUGUUUCCCUUAUUCGGUCAGUUAGACUGUACGCACGUGGCGGAGCAGGGCGCGGAGGAAAAGGUUGAUUAUUCGAUAUGCGCGUCACUCAUGGCGCUACUUGGCAAUCUUUUGGAGAGUUCCACCACCAUUCAACAGCAGCUGCUACAGAACAAAGGAUUCCUGGUUAUUAGCCACUUAUUAGAAAAGUCGUCCAGAGAACAUAUAAAUGGUCAGGUGCUCGGCUCAUUCCUGAAGUUGACCAAUUUCCUAGUGGCCAUCCCAUCGUGUGCUCCAUUACUCAAACACCUGUUUGACCACAUCCUUUUCAAUCCUGCCUUGUGGAUCUACACUAGUGUAGAUGUCCAGAACAAAUUGUAUUCAUAUCUUGCCACCGAAUUUAUCAACGAUGCCCAGAUCUACACAAAUAUCAGGCGGGUCAGUGCAGUAUUACAGACCAUGCACUCACUCAAGUACUACUACUGGAUUGUCAACCCCAAGGAUAGGAGUGGUAUCAUGCCAAAGGGAGUUGACGGGCCUCGUCCAAGUCGCGAGGAGACAGUGAAGCUCCGGUCCUACAUGCUGCUCUACAUCAAGCAGUUGAUCCUAAAGGGACAGGGCAUCAAUGAUGAUGAGCUGCAGGCCAUUCUCAACUAUCUCACCACCAUGCAUGAGGAUGAUAAUCUUCGCGAUGUCCUCCAGUUCACUGUGGUACUGAUGGCAGAACAUCCAGCUUCCAUGGUGCCAGCAUUCGACCGCAAACACGGUGUGCGCACCGUCUUCAAGCUGUUGGCAUCGGCCAAUGAGAAUAUACGCAUCACCGCGAUGAAACUUCUCGGAUUCUUCUUGAUGAGGAGUACCCACAAGAGGAAGCAUGACGGCAUGAAUCCUUACAACCUCUUCUCCCUGCUUGCUGAGCGCCUCAUGUUGAACUCCACGCAGCUGACACUGAGGACAUAUAACGUCUUGUACGAGGUGAUGACGGAGCGGAUGAAUAGCAAGGUCAUCGAAGACAGACACCCGGAGCCUGACUCAAACUACAAACUGGAGAAUCCAAUGGUUCUGAAAGUCAUAGCGACGCUGAUCCGCCAGUCCAAGCAGACAGAGAAGGUCAUGGAAGUCAAGAAACUCUUCCUUUCCGAUCUUACCAUUCUCUGCAUCCAUAAUAGAGAGAACAGAAGGACUGUUCUGCAGAUGUCAGUGUGGCAAGACUGGCUGUUCUCCAUGUGUUACAUCUAUCCCCGCAACCAGGAGGAGCAGCGUGUGACAGAGAUGGUUAUGGCCCUGUUCAAGAUGCUGUUGCAUCAUGCCAUCAAGUUUGAGUUUGGAGGAUGGAGAGUUUGGAUUGAUACGCUGGCCAUCUUACACUCAAAGGUCGCCUACGAGGAUUUCAAAAUCCACAUGAACCAGAUGUACCAGCAGUACGAGCGGCAGCGGGUUGAUGGGAUCACCGACCCAAACAUACGCCAACAGUUUCCAAUCAGCACAAUCUCUGGCUUGCAGGAGGAACAGACCUCGCCUGAUAGACAGGCCAAGAGUACCGUGGAAAUAACUGAGAUACAGGACACAGAUGAGAUGGGUGCUUCUGCAGAUGGAGUCAAAGCUAUUAAAAGCCAAAAGAAAGAGGCUGCUGCCUCUGCUGACAACAUGUCGGAGAGGCCUGUUGAAAAUGGUGAAGCAGACACAACUAGUGCGCAGGAAGAAACCAAGCCAGAGGCAACCCCAAGUGACCCAAAGAUGGAACGAGAUGAGGCUUACAAUGUUCUUGGGAUGAACGACAUCAAAGAGGUCGUGAAUGAAAUCGUUGAGGGAGCAGUUGAUAGCGUUGAGGUUUCGGAGGUCAAGGACAGUAAGGAAGGUCAAGGUCAGCAAGAAGCAGAACAAAAAGAGGAAGCAGCAGCUGAAAAAGAUGGAGAAAAGAAAGAUGCUGAGCAGACGUCAGUUACCGUGUCAACUGGUGAUAAUGAAGCAGGUGAUGCUGGAGCAGCCAAAGUAGAAGACGCAAAAGAAGCGGAGAAUGAAGAGAAAAAGGAAGCGAGUUCAGAAAAGAAUGAUGCGGUGUCAAAAGGUGACAGUUCGAAUGAUACUGUCUCAACGUCUGCUAGCCCGGCAAAAACACCUGCCACAUCUGGUUCAGGAGAUGGUGAAGCUGCGGAAAAAGGUGAAGCAGAUGACAUAGUAUUUCCAAUGGAAGGGAUGCGACCCAGGUCCAACAGUACGGGUGGAAUUGAGCAGCCCAAACCAGAUCUUCACCGAGGGCGGCCCCAUAGUAUGAGUAUGCGGCAGCCAUCGUCUUCGGCCCCUCGGCAGAUAUUCAGUCCCGGGCCCCGGGCCCCACCAUUCCGUAUUCCCGAGUUCCGCUGGUCAUACCUCCAUCAGAAGCUAUUAUCCGAUCUACUCUUCUCCAUUGAAACUGAUGUGCAAGUUUGGAAAAGCCAUAGCACAAAGACUGUGAUCGACUUCGUGAACGCUGCAGAUAAUCAUGUGUUUGUGGUGAACGUGAUACAUAUGAUCUCCCAGUUAUCUGAUAACCUCGUGACGGCAUGCGGUGGCCUGCUGCCCCUAUUGGCAGCCGCUACCUCUCCCAACUGUGAACUUGACAUGUUAGAGCCAAGCCAAGGUCUGUCCAUCGAACAAUCUGUCUCCUUCCUGCAGCGUGUGAUGAACCUGACAGACAUCCUCGUGUUCGCCAGUAGUACCAACUUCGGCGAGCUAGAACAAGAGAAGAACAUGUCCAGUGGAGGUAUACUCAGGCAGUGUCUUAGGCUUGUAUGUACUUGUGCCGUGCGUAACUGUCUUGAGUGUCGUCAUCGGAGCAUGGGGCGGACCCCAGCAUCCACACCUACCCAUGCCAAUGAGGUGCGGACUAACAGCUUCAUACAGUCACUCAUCUGUGGCACACAGCCUUCAUCUAAGAACAUUGUAGAAAAUCUAGGCGGCCAAAACUCUCCGAUCAAGGAUAUAGAAAAGUUACUUCAAGAUAUGGAUAUCAAUCGACUACGGGCGGUUGUCUACAGAGACGUGGAAGAGACCAAACAAGCCCAGUUCCUCGCUCUAGCCAUCGUUUACUUCGUGUCAGUGUUGAUGGUCUCCAAGUACAGGGACAUUCUCGAGCCGCCAAGUCCUGCCCGGACCCCUCUGAGCACGCCCGCAAGAUCAGUACUCAACUCUCCAGCGUCCAGAGCCUCUGGAGAACAUGACUACAGCGGCCGCAACCAUGUUUCUAACAAACGUGAUAAUGGGAAGGGGAGUGAUUAUAUCAUUCUUGAGGAUGACGAUUCGAGUGUCCUGGCGCACAUGUCCGCCGGGAACACGGUCGUAAGAGUGCCUAAAAAGCCUGAUGAUAAAAUUGAUGAUAAGAAGAAUUUAUCUGAAUAUGAAGGAUCAGAGAACAAUGAGCCACAGAACCAGCUGGACACAAGCGGAGAGAUUGAUGUCACCCAAGUGGAGGUGGCCGUGGAUCUCCACCGACCGCCAGAAACAGGAGAGGCGGAGGAGACCAAGGGAGGUGAACAGACUGUAGGGGAAGCUGCAGAGGGAAAUGUCGACGGAGGGCAGAAGGAAGAGAGAGAGGAAGAGGUGAAGAAGGAGGAGCCUGAGGGCCAGGUGGAUGCAGAAGAAGCAGAAGCUCCUGCUGAGGGCACCUCGGAGGGUCCAAAGGUUGAAGAGGAGAAGACUGAGAGCGCCGACCAGGAGGAGGAGAAGAUUGAAGCUGACCAGUCAGAAGACAGCAAGGCGGAGGCCGAUCAGGACACUUCCAAAGAUGAGGAGAAAUCUGAAGAAAAAACAGAUGAGAGGCCAGAGACGGUUGAAGACAAACCAGAGGGGGCCACCACCACUGAAGAGGAAAAAUCAAAUGAAAAUCAAUCAGAUACUACUGCAGAUGAUGAAACGACAACAGCAGCGGCAGAAGACCAGGGGCCUGAAGGGGAAGCACCAAAGGAGGCACAGAAUGGGGCUGCUGAAGAGAAAGAACAAACAGAAGAAAAGCAAGAAGAGGCUAAACCUGAUGUUUCAUCUGAUGCUGCAUCUGAAAAAGCCGAUGAACCUGUGUCGUCAUCUGAGAAGGUUGUGGGGGCAGAGGCAUCUGCUGCCCCUCAGGAGAAUGGUACAGAUGCUCAGGCUGAAGAACUGGAUGAAGACAAAGUCCAUCGCAGAGAUUCCACUCUACAGAAAGAGGACAGCGUCGACCAACCCAAGGGCAUAGCUGCCAUCGCUGUUGGCAACUCAGCAGAAACAGAAAAUCGUCCUAAUUCGCUCGAUCUCACAAGCAAGAUCCCAAGUCCACUUGAGAACCUGCCACCGCCGGAGGAAGGUGGUAGUUUGACCGACCGCCUCGAGAGGGCGCUUGGAAGUGCUUCACCUCUUCUUAGGGAAAUCUUUGUGGAUUUUGCACCAUUCCUGUCCAAGACUCUCCUUGGAUCUCAUGGUCAGGAACUUCUAAUUGGAGGUUUGGUUACCUUGAAGCAGAGCACAUCCGUCGUGGAACUGGUCAUGUUGCUGUGUUCCCAGGAGUGGCAGAACUCACUACAGAAACAUGCAGGAUUAGCUUUCAUUGAACUUGUCAAUGAAGGAAGGUUGCUAGCUCAUGCCACUCGGGAUCACAUCGUACGAGUGGCGAAUGAGGCUGAAUUCAUAUUGAAUCGAAUGAGGGCAGAGGACGUACAGAAACACGCAGAGUUUGAGUCUGCGUGUGCCCAAACACUCCUCGAGAGGAAGGAGGAAGAGAAGCUCUGUGAUCAUCUCAUCACGUCUGCUCGCCAGAGGGAUCAUGUGAUUGCUUCCAAGGUCAGGGACAAGAUUGUCAACAUCAUGACCAAUAAACAUGGCGCUUGGGGAUCUCCGAAAAAGGUGGGAAAAGAUUUCUGGAAAUUGGACACCUGGGAAGACGAUUCACGUCGGCGUCGACGCCUUGUGAAAAAUUCCCAUGGUUCCACGCAUCCAGAAGCGACACUGAAGGCAGCCAUCGAACAUGGAGCGACGGAGGAUGCCAUCAACCAGGCCCGAGAGGCAUUCCAUUCUCACCUGGCCGCCACCCAGAAGUCUCAGAACCAACAACCGCAUGACACGACAGAAGAGGAGCUGUCACAGAUGAACGAGAAUGAAGCCGACAUGGAAUUUGCCGGACCAGUUGCCCUCUCGACACCCUGUAAUCUGAUAGCACCAGGCGUGGUAGUCAGGGGUACCAUGUCCAUCACCAAGUCGGAACUCUACUUUGAAUUGGACGAAGACUGUCCGGAAAACAAGAAGAUUGACACUAAGGUGUUGUCUUAUGUGGAGUACCUUCACGGAAAAUGGCAUUUCACCGAGAUUCGAGCCAUCUUCUCCAGGAGAUACCUGCUCCAGAACAUUGCCAUAGAGCUGUUUAUGGCCAACAGAAGUGCUGUGAUGUUUAGCUUCCCUGACCAUACCACUGUCAAGAAAGUGAUCAAUGCUUUGCCAAGGGUGGGCGUGGGCAUCAAGUAUGGCCUACCACAGGCGAGGCGAACAUCUAUGGCGUCCCCGAAAAACUUAUUCAAGAUGUCCAACAUGACGCAGAAGUGGCAGCGGCGAGAGAUCAGUAACUUUGACUAUCUCAUGUACCUUAACACAAUAGCAGGCCGAUCAUACAACGACCUCAACCAGUAUCCAGUAUUCCCCUGGGUCAUAGUCAACUACGACUCAAAUGAGCUCGACCUCAGUCUGCCCAGUAACUACAGGGACCUGUCCAAGCCAAUCGGUGCCCUGAACCCCACGAGGAAGGCGUUCUUUGAGGAGAGAUUCGCAAGCUGGGAACACGAGCAGAUUCCACCAUUCCAUUAUGGCACCCAUUACUCAACCGCGGCAUUCACAUUAAACUGGCUCAUCAGGGUGGAGCCUUUUACAUCGAUGUUCCUGAACCUCCAAGGUGGCAAGUUUGACCAUGCAAACCGUACAUUCCAUAGCAUAGCUCAGUCAUGGAAGAAUUGUCAAAGGGAUACUUCAGAUGUCAAGGAAUUAUUACCUGAGUUCUACUACCUACCUGAGAUGUUCACCAACAGCAACAAGUUUAACUUUGGCCAGAACGAAGAGGGGAAUGUUGUUGACGGAGUUGAGCUGCCCCGGUGGGCGAGUUCUGCUCAGGAGUUUGUCAGGCUUAAUAGAAUGGCGUUAGAAUCCGAGUUUGUAUCCUGCCAACUUCACCAGUGGAUUGAUCUUAUAUUCGGUUACAAGCAACGAGGUCCUGAGGCUGUACGAGCUACAAACGUGUUUUACUACCUGACGUACGAGGGCAGCGUGAAUCUAGAUGCCAUGACAGACCGAGUGAUGCGUGAAGCUGUCGAGAACCAGAUUCGUAGCUUUGGUCAGACGCCGUCACAGUUACUCACCGAGCCACACCCGCCCAGAAGUUCAGCUAUGCAUAUUAGUCCCAUGAUGUUCUCCACAGCUCCUGAUGACGUGUGUAUGAUUAUGAAGUUCCUGUCCAACUCGCCCGUCACCCACGUCGCCGCCAACACUCAUCCGUCAGUUCCCGUCCCGGCUGUUACGACCAUUACGUGUAAUCAUAACUUUGCCGUCAAUCGAUGGAAUCAGAAUGUUGGUUCACAAGUGCCAUCUCCCAGCUAUGCAGAGAAAACAGACACACAGCCACAGUUGCCAUUGUCAAUGGACCAGUUACUUGUGCUCGGAACCAACCUCCACAAGCGAACCCUCGGUGAUAACUUUGACCAACGCCUCCAUGUGACCAACUCACACUUCCUAACCACAUCAGAGAACAAGGUGAUCAUAGCGUGCGGAUUCUGGGACAAGAGCUUCAGGACAUUUUCAACAGAUGCAGCACGCAUCCUUCAGGUGAUAUUUGGCCAUUUUGAUAUCGUGACCUGCCUGGCCAGAUCCGAGUGCAAUGUGUCCCAGGACUGUUAUGUGGUGUCAGGAUCGAAGGAUUGUACGGCCAUGGUUUGGCUCUGGAGCAGCAAGCAUCAAGCUAUUGUGGGAGAAAAUGGAAGUCUAGACAACCCCACCCCCAAGGUGACAUUGACUGGACAUCAGGCUGAGGUCACCUGUGUAGCAGUGUCUGCAGAAAUGGGCCUCGUCUUCACUGGCUCUAAGAAUGGCCCUUGCCUUGUCCAUACAACCCAUGGCGACCUACUCCGAUCCCUAGAACCACCAACAUCGUACAAGUGCCCGAACAUCAUCUCGUUCGCUCGUGAGGGGUACAUAAUCGUCAACUAUGAUAGCGGCAACAUGGCCACCUAUAGUGUAAAUGGUAAACUGCUGAGAAACGUGGAACAUAAUGAUAAUGUUCAGAGUUUGACGUUGAGUCGUGACGGAGCGUACAUGAUAAUGGGUGGAGAUAACGGUAUCGUCGAGGUGUGGAGGACUCACGACCUCAACCUUCUUUAUACCUACCCGACGUGUGAUAGCAGUGUACGAUCACUUGCCCUCUCUCAUGAUCAAAAAUAUCUCCUUGCUGGUCUCGCCACGGGUUGUCUGAUCGUUUUCAACAUAGACUUCAACAAAUGGCACCACGAAUUUCAGGAGAGAUAUUAACUAUACUUGACUAUAAAUACAGUUCAAAGCCAAAUUCAAUAAGAUUAUAUACAUCUUUUCAUGAAUACACAAAAGAUAUUGUAUAAAUAAGACAUCUAUUCAGAGGCAUUGUUGCUGAGAAGGGACAUUGGCACUUAAAGGCUUGGAUUGAUUGGAUUGGAGCAGGAUUAUUGCCUAUUGACUUUGUUCAAAUUCAUUUAUCAGCCAAAAUCACUGUGGAGAUCGCCUGGACCCUGAAUACAUUACUUCUCUAGUGGGGUUAUCCUUUUCUAAGGCAGAUUUAUUCGUUAACUGAGGGUUUCCCCAUGCCACGAGAUUCAUAACUAGAUCUCUGUAUCCAACGAGCCAAAUUGUUGGUUGAGUAAUUAUUAACACUGCUGUACAUAAAAUGCUUUAUUGUGGAUGAAGAGUGGUGCCCUCGUUUGGGUGGGUUGAGAAUGAAGACUUUAUUUAAUGAUAUGUGUGAGUGUUUGAUACCCUAGAGAAUAUGUGUGCAAAGAUGACAUUUUCUUAUGAUACAUAUUGCAGAAUCUGUCGCAUAACUUUCAAUUCAAGUAUAGAACUCCUUCGAAAGGACAUUCAAAACACCUUGGUUACAAUGUAGUACAGUUUUUAGUGUAUAAUGCACUGUGCCUCAUUUUGUCACAGUCAUAAGCACCUGGGUUGGUACAAAAUAUAGAAGAAGUCAAAAAGCAGUUUUAAGUGAUUAUUCAAUGUUUAGUUUAAAGUGUUUUAGAGUAGAAAUUGAUAUCUCCAGUCGGUAUCAGUUUCCACAGUGUAACAAAGUAAAAUAUCCUGGAGGUUAUACUGUGGGAACCCCUUAGAAGAUCUACCAUGUGAGGUUGUACUGUGGAAACACCCUAAAGUUCUACCAUAGUGGUGAUACUGUCAACUCAGUCAAGAGCUGUCUGAGUAUCAAGAUGGUAGCACCUGCAUUGUGAUUGAAUAUAUCAAUGACAAGAACACAGCAGCCAUUCAGAGUUCCUACUGCUCCUGGCUGAUUUUACAGUAAUACCUAUGCUAGAACUUGCUGCUAUUCUUAGGAAAGUAUUGGCUUCCAAAUUUUUUACAGCUGAUUCACCAAUUGGGUUUUUAGCUUAUGAAUCUUCAAUAAUGUGCUGUAGUAAUAAUGUGCAAUAAUGACCAAAAAUCAUAUUGAAGAAGAUUCAGCCGUCUUAUACACUUUCUCUCCUAAAGCUUUAAUAAUAAGAGCAAAUACGAUAGACUGUUUAGUUUGAUCUUUGGAAGGAGACACAGAAAUACUUUGACAUGUGACAAAUCAAGGAGUACAUGUAUAUUUUGAACACUUCCAUGCAUAGUUAGUAUUGGUGUACAGUAAAAUCAGUUAUGGGGAAGAUACAAGAUAUUUUCUCACCAAUCCGAGUAUUUUGGGUUCUUUGAUAUCAAAUACGACAACACGUUUUUUACACAAAUCUGUAUCUGCAUCCAUGUUUGUUCUAUUAUUUAUUCUAAGAUGAAAGUUUCUUACGCUUAGUAGUAAAAGUAUUCUAGAUCAGAGUCAUUUAAGACAUUACUGGAAAGGUGUUGGGUGAUAAGAAAAUGUCUGAAAUUGUUUCAAAUCAACGGAGAAAGCUCAAAUUUGCCUUUAUCUAGUUACUUGACACAUUUCUGACAUUUUCUCUCCCCUCCGAGUUUAUUUAGAGCUGAUGUGUAUAUUUGGCAUAAUGUGUAUAUAACUGCCCCUGAAGUAGAGAUUUAUGGUACCUGUACACUAACGUUGUACAGUGGGACCUUUUCCGACCCUAAUUCAGGGUGCGUAGAGUGAAAUGCAGUUGGAAGAUUUAAUAUAAAAGUUUACAUGUAUAAUUCAAUAGUUUAAUGUAUAGUCUAUUAAGUUAAAAAAACUAUAGAUGGGUACAUUACGUGUGCUUAUUUGACGACUGAAAAACCUGUAUUUCGUAAAAUUCGGCAAACAAAUAAUUACUUUUGGUUGAAGAUUGAACGGCAUAGUCUAAAGUUUUCGAAAUGGUACUGAAUAUAAUGUAAAAAUCCAUCACUUUAUUACAAAACGUGCUUUUAUCAACCAAUAUAUCUGCUACAGCUUCUUGAGUUUCACAAAAUUGAGUAUGAUAAAAAACAGGCGGUAUGAUGUGUGAUGUAUUACCUUGCUAAUAGAUAAAUAAAAAUGAAAUCCUGGCAAAUUGUAUACUGUUAAAUAAAUAUCAUUUCAAAUGCUCUGCCCUCCGUGGGUUGACUCGUGUGUUUAAUAUAGCAGCUUCUGCAUCAAGCAUGUUUCUAGCUUUUUAUGCACCAGGUGUGUGGGAUAUUAUAGAUUAUAUUGACCAAUUUUGUAUGUUGUGGCAAACAUGGAAAUAAACUGUAAAAUAAAAGAA